AUGUGCACUAGUAUUAAUUUGAGAAAUACUAAACUCAUUUUACGUUCUAAAUGUCCUUUGAUUGAUACUGUAACUUCAGGAAAUGAUGAGGUUCCAAAAUAUAAAUUCCCUUCCUCAGUUAAAGACAUAGUUUCUUCUUCAACUAAUAUUCUUUAUGUCACUGAAACAGAUGACCUUUAUAUCUCUGGUCAUGUUUUUGAUCCUACAUCAAGAGGAAAAGUCUCUCUUUUCUCACAGUCAGUUACAGACAAUGCAAAACCUGAUGACAUCAUUAAAACACCACAAAAAAUAGAAGGAGUUCCUAAACCAAUUGAUAAGGUAUCAAUGGGAAGUUAUUUUUGUGUUGUGUUAAGUAAAGGGAAACUGUAUUCAUGGGGUGCAUAUGAAGGUGGACAAUUGGGUAUUCAAGAUGUUUUUAAUCCAUCUAAGCCAGAGUUAGUUCCACAAAUAAAUGAUAUAAAGGACAUUUGUUGUGGAGGGUAUCAUACAUUAGCAUUAAACAUAUGGGGAGAAGUAUUUUCAUGGGGCAAAAAUGAAUUUGGACAAUUAGGAAGAAUAAACACGUCGAAAAAAGAAAUUCCAUCACAAAUACCAUCAUUAAGAAACUACGUUGUUUCAAGGAUAUUUUGCGGAGGAUUUUGUAGUGCAUGUAUUACAGAUCAAGGGAUGGGGUAUAUUUGGGGUAAACAUCUUAAAAUGAAAGAACUUAAAAGAAUUCCUACACAACUUAAUCUUAAAGGAACAUCGUCCUCUUUUCCUUUUAUCAUUUCUAUUGAAUUAGCAUAUAAUGAUAUUUUUAUUGUAUUACAUGAUGGUAGAUUAUAUAGGUUUAUUGAUUUUGAUCAAUUUGAAGAAGUUGAUUUAUUAUCAAGAAUUGGUGUCAUCCGAGCAGUUGGAGGUAUUCAUUUUACUUUAGUUGAAACAGAUAGUUCAGACGUAUAUCAAAUAUAUCCAAAAGAAGGUAAAACAUCUACACUAAGUAUUAUGUUUAAAAAAAAAGAAUUAGGAGAAGAUACUCAUAUAAGAAAAAUUUGUUUAAAUGGUGGAGCAACAUUAGUACUAUUUGAUAAAAAUCCACAAUAUGACGCAGUAAAGAAAAUUGUAUUAUUCUUAAGAAAAUUCCUUAGGCAAUUAGAAGGUGUUGUUUCUAAUUAUGCAGAUCCAUGCGCUUCUUUUAUUAAACAAUUAGAAAAUUCAAUAGGAAGAUCAACUCGAAUGAGCACUCCAAGAAAAUCUUCUAAAAGUUCAUUAGGAUCAAGGUUAGAUAGGUCUUCAGUCAGUGCAAUAGAAAAAGAAGAAGAAAGUUAUAUUCCAUCCACUGAUGAUGUACAAAAAAUAUUUUAUGGAAUAAAACCAUUAGCAUAUUCAUUACCUGCAAUAUUACAUAAUUUUGUUAAUGCUUUAAAUGAAUGGUAUCCAGGAACUACAUUAUAUGAGUCAUUAGAAAAAUUUUUAGAACUCAACAUUACAAGACAGUUUGUUACUAUUUCAACUAAUCUUGGUGAAAGCUUUAGUACAUUACAAAUGAUUAAAAAGAAGUCAAGUGAUGUCCAACAAUUUUUAAAGAAACAAGAACAGUCUUUUAAUCAAUUUGAAUUUGAUGUAAUUUUUGAUAAAAAAAAUGAUCUUCCUUCAUUAUUACUAUUACCUAUUAAAUUUCUUCCUCAAUUUUAUUCAUUAAUAAAAGAAUAUCAUAAAUCUUUACCACCAAUUCAUCCUGAUUUUCUUCAUAUCAAACAGUUAUUUAAACAAAUGGAUAAAUUAUUAUCAAGAAUUAAUGAUUCUUUUCAUCUUGAUAAUAUUUUUGAUAUUGUUAAAUGUUUUCCUGAUGAAAAUGGAUCUGUUUCUAUUACUUCAGGUACUACAACAGAAUUAAUAAAUCGAUUAUACAAUAUGAAUUUAAAUGAUCCAGAAUAUGUUGAUAUGUUCUUAAUGAUACAUAAAAAAUUUACGUCAUCAGAAGAAGUGUUAAAAAGGUUUUCAGAAGUUUAUAAUAACUUAAGUACUAGUCAAGAAAUUAAAUCAUGUAUUCUUUCAGUUAUUAACCAAUGGAUAAGAAAUUAUACUGCUGAUUUUGAAAAGAAACCAGAACUAAUUUGUAUGAUUAAGUCAUUCAUUUCAAAAGAAAUAACUUCAGAUAAAGUUGAAGUAUUAAAUUCAACACUUUGUGGAAUUGGAACAGCACUUGCCUUAAGAAUGAGAAAUAAAGUAUUUUUACCUGUUCAAACAAAUAUUAAAAUACCUUAUCAAUACUUUUUCCCUGGAAAUGUUAUGCCUUUUGCCCAAACAUUAAAUUACUUUAAUUCAUUAAUAUUUUCAAGAGUUACGUAUGAAGAAUUGAUUGUAAUGAAUUACAGUAAACCAGAAAAUAAACCAUUAACUCCAAAUAUUCAAAAUAUGACUGAACGAUUUAACUGGAUUGGAGAUACUAUAGUCGAUUGUUUUAAUGAAUGUCCUAAAGGAGACAAAGUUCAAUUUAUUCAAGGACUUAUAUUAUUUAUGAAAACAAUUCAACAAUUAAAAGAUAUUCAUUUCUUAGUCGCAUUAGCAUACACACUCCCUAGACUUGAUUUAGAUUCUAUUAAGAGUAAAAAAAUCAGUGAAGAAGAUAAAAAUUAUUUAAAUGAGAUAGAAGAAUUGUGUACAUUUAAACAAAAUUAUAAAUAUCUUAGAGCUUAUUUAAGCCAAUUGGAAACACCUUAUAUCCCUUUUAUAGGAAUUUUAAGUAAAGAUUUAAUGCUUAUUGACGAAGGAAAUCCAGAUAAAUUAGGUGAUGGAACAAUUAAUUUAUAUAAAUGGAGAAAAGUGUAUGAAUUGAUUCAACAAGUAUUAAACGCUAAAGGGCAAACAACAAAGAACAGUUGUUACAAUGAAGAAAUUCAAAUAUUAGUACAGAGAGUGUAUUCACUUUAA